CGCGCGCGCGCUGGGAACUGCUUCAGUCCAGCGCAAACCAGUUCUGUUCAGAUCAGACGAGAUUUUUGCUCACAGCAAGAGCGGCUUCAGUCUCAGUCUUUUGUCAACCACAGGGGCAAGGUCCUGACGUCUCGCCGUUUUCAACCUUCAUUUUCUCAUCUUUUGUGCAACUCUCACCCUACAUUCCAGAAAGAUGCGUCAUCUGUUCCUGUUUUCCCUUGUGAUUCUCCUGGCGGUGUGUCAGCCGUCAUUGGCCGGACCAAAGCGAGGUGGAGGAGGAAAGCGCGUGAAAUGCCAGUAUGACGUCACCAGGGGUGACUGUGAUCCCACCACCAAGAGGAUGACUAUAACGAAGGCCCCGAAGGAAGGACAACCCGAAACGUGCGAGACGAAGACAAUGGAAAAGCGAUGCAGGCCCAAACUGGAUUGCCAGUUCCAGAGGCCGACCAUCUCCCCCUGUGUUGAAGGAAAGCGCACGGUGACCCGCCAGCCUACGGAAGGAAGUGACCCCGGAUGCGAGGCCAAGUCCAGGACCAGGGACUGCAGGGCAAAAGCCCCCAAGUGCACGUUCGGACCAUGGGGAGAGUUCGGUGACUGUGUUGAGGGUGUGAAGACUAAGACCCGCCCCAUCCAGACCGGAGACCAGGGCGCAUGCGCAGCCAAGGCCACCAAGACCAAGCGCUGCAAGAACUAGGCUGUUGGACUGGUGAACUGCCGAAUUCUCCACACUUUUCCCAAACCAAUCAAUCAAUCAAUCAAUUAAUCAAUGAACCAACCAAUCAGUAUCCUCUGUAGCUUCACAAGGCCUAUUCUCAUGGAAAAAUUUACAACUACUACUAUUUAAACACCUUCUAGUUUAAACUUUGAUUUUAAAGAAAACUGACCAAUGAGAAACUUUCUUUUUACCAACAGUCAAAAAGCCUGUAACUCCCAUUGAUUGUGUUUUUUUCUGUCCAAUCAGAUUUCAAGAACACUAACGCCUUAAAGUUUAACAGUUAAAAAUCUGAACUUCUAGAUGUGAUGAAUGAGGCAAAAGUGUGGAGAAUCGCAAAGUAUGGUGAAAAGAUGAUUGCUGAAGGUGAAAAUUUUAGUAUUUUAGAAAAAAAAAAGCUUAAGGCAAAUUUCAGACACAAUGAUAGAAUUAUUGAUAGCACUCUAAACAUAGACUUUAUUUACUUAUCGACAACAGUUAAGAAUGAAAAA